UUUUUUGGCUGACGACAGUAUGAACCCGUUCUCCAGAACUCCGCUCCGGGAGCGGACGGAGUCGCACCGAAAGCUCCAACUCCGCGGAGUCGAAGUUGCGGAGCGGACUGGCUUCUAGUUCAAUCUGACGGAGUCGAAUUUUUGGUGCUCCACACAUUCCAAAAUCCACUCCGCGCACACGAGUUUCACAAUUGCCACUGGAAGUUUAAGGAAAUUACCCGCCUCUGCCAUUCACUUAUCGGUUCGUCAUUUCAAAAAAAAUAAAAAAUUCCUCGUUCUCACCUGAGCCCGAGCCCGAGCGCUCCUGAGGCGACGGCGGAAAACCCUAGUGCCGCCGCCGCCCCAGCCACGCCGUAGCCGCCCACCUCCGCCGGCUCCACCAGCCCGCUGCGCAGUCUCCACCACCCCCUACUCGUUCUCCGCCAAGUUAAUCCCGGCAAAUCCGCCCUCGUUGGCCGCUAUCCGGAGGAGAUCGAAGCCGGAACUCGGUCACUGCCACCUCGGCCGUCGGUCGCCAGCAUCUCCGCCACUUGCAGGUCGUCGGUUGAGGAGCGCCUCAAGGUCGACAAGAUCUCCCUCCUCACCCAGGCUGGGGAGUUCCCCUUUUCAGAAAAAACCCGGUGAAAUUGCAUUUGCCAAAGGCCAGGGGAGUACCUAAUACAUGCGCCGACAUGGUCACCCGUGAGAACAAGGUCAACUAUGGUAUAUGUAUCUAUGAAUGUACAUCGAUUAAUGUUUAUAAUGCGAGGUCAACUAUAGAUACAACAAUUAAUGUUUCCCUGCUUGAACAUAGUAUAUGUAUCUAAUCACAGCAAACAAAAGCUGACAAAAUAUCCUCGAGGUUUCCAAAGAAACUAUCAUACGAUGGAUGCUAGGCAUGCAAGCAUGUGUUUCCUCGUACUAUUUGUAUUACACGGAAAUCCUGCUACCAUGGCCGGUUCGUGUUUCUGUAUCUCUCUCUCCCUUUCUCUCGUCGUGUCUUGUAUCUCGGAUAAAUGCGGGUACCGACUUCUUCCAUUGUCAUUCUGUUUCGAUGCUAUGUGCAAGUCAGAGUGCUGGAUAGAAGGGGUAGCUUUGGGUGCUCAGGUCAAAGAAUACGAAUGUGGGGGGCCAGGGCCGAAGACCUAUUGUAUUUGUCUUUUUUGCCAAAAAUAAUUAACCUUCAAGGGAAAAUGCAGACUUCUGCAACGAUCCUAUAUUGAAUUGAAGAAUGAAGAUGGACCCGAAUGAAGAUGCCAUGAUUUGCUUUUGUCCGCCGCAGUCCCCUUUAAGAAAAGAUGACAUGUGCUCUUACAAAGAGGAUCUCUAUAUGUCCGUCUUGUAUUUGGACUCUUUGCAUUAUGCAUAACAAUUAAUCCACCUUUGCCUAAGAAUUUAUAUUUUCAUU